AUGUUUAACAGAGCAUUCCAGCACCAAAGUAUUGAAGGUGGAAAGCAACCCUAUGUGUGCAAGGAGUGUGGCAAGGCAUUCAGGAGCAACUCCCAGUACACAGCACACCUGCGAAUUCACACUGGAGAGAAGCCCUAUCAGUGUAAUGAGUGUGGUAAAGCCUUCAAGUUCAACUCUAGUUUUAUACAUCACCGAAGGAUCCACAGUGGGGAGCGACCCUAUGCAUGCAAAGAGUGUGGCAAGGCUUUUAGGUGCAGCUCCCACUGCACUAAACACCAACGAAUCCACACUGGGGAGAGGCUCCACGAGUGUAAGGAGUGUGGCAAAACCUUUGUUUUCAAAUCCACACUGUUUCAUUAUCGGAGAGUGCAUACUGGGGAGAAACCAUUUAAAUGCAAGGACUGUGGUAAGGCCUUUGGUGAGAAAAAUACUUUUAUUCGGCAUCAGAGAAUUCAUACUGGUGAGAAACCAUAUAUAUGUAAGGAGUGUGGCAAAGCUUUUCAUGUGAACUCACAGCUCAUUCACCACCAAUUGCUACACACUGGAGAGAGACCCUACCAAUGUAAAGAGUGUGGGAAAAGCUUCACCUGGAACUCAAACCUUGUCCAGCAUAGGAAAAUUCACUCUGGGGAGAAAGCCUAUCAAUGUGAGGAAUGUGGGACAGCCUUCAGGCAGAAAGGUAAUUUAAAUCGACACCAGAGAUUCCAUGAUGGAGAAGGAGACUGUAAAUGUAAGGAUUGUGGGAAAAUCUUUAUUCAGAAUUCAAAUUUUAUUUGCCAUCGGAAUAUUCACUCAGGAGACAAACCUUGGCAAUGUCAAAUUGCUAUAUACAUUUUAAAACAUUUAUUCUCAACUUCUGCCCUUCUGGGCCUGUAA